GCAAAAUUCUUGAGUAUUUAUGUUAUCUUCGUGUUUCCCCUGUCAUGUUUCUACUAUACCGUCCUUGCUAAGGGGUACACGCACAUAGAGUGACAGCAGGCAUUUUCCUUCUUUCUUUUUCAAAAUCCACGUCUCUCAGUCGGCUCACCAGUCGUAAACAAACCAUGUCGCCGUCGUCUCCCCCCAUCACUUGCCAUGUCCUAAAUACCCUCUCUGGCACUCCUGCGGCCGGUCUCAAAGCCACACUGACACUACUCCAAAAGAAUUCGUUGUACACAUCGGCCGAAAGUUUCAGCGCGGUCACCAACGACGAUGGGCGUGUAAAAGAGUGGGAAGCUUCGCCGUCCACGGGCCGGACAUUGACGGAGGUCAUGGACUGGUUCGGCCCCGGGGAGAGAAUACCCUGGAGCAUCAAGUUCGAAGUCGGUCCGUGGUACGAGGCCCAGGGUGUGGAAAGCUUCUGGCCCGAGGUCGAGGUCAAAUUCUACGUCAAAAAAGGAGAGAGACAUUAUCAUGUACCCGUCUUGGUUGGACCGUGGACCUACACGACCUAUCGAGGAUCAUAAUUCGACCUGAUAGACAAGAUAUUGCAGUCGACCAACCAAUCCCAUCCCAGAUCAAAGAGUUCACGGGUGGUCAUCAUGGACGAAACAUACGACAAGGCCAUCUUCUCCGAACAAUUCCACCUAGUCAAUAUCACCUCGGACAGAUCAAUCCACCUCAAAUAUCACUUCACUCUCGAGCCUAAACGCGUCGAUGCUGACAUAUGCCCUCCCCAUAUUGUCAAGCUCCUAGUAUUGAUACAAGUGCUAUCACCCGCUAUAAGACGACGACAUUCCCCCGAGAAAUUCCCUCCGAAAUAGAUCAUCACCAGUGACGGCGGUGGCAUGGAGAUAUAGUCAUGGCCGCUAGACGGUGCUCCAUUGGAGAUACAUCAAGAUACAUCGAAUCUUGACUUGGAAAUUGUGCACUUCAUUUGCUACCCUCUCCCCAGUGUGCGACUCCUUGGUGAACUCCGAUAUGGAAGUUGAACAACGUGAGACCCUUUGAUAGAAAUAUGGAAAGAGAUUAAACGACAAAUGUGUUCUCCGGCCCACAGUGUCAUCGAUAUCUGUGGUAGGCUGACCGUCGACUCCCGAUAGUCACCACAAUAGGUUCGUUGAUAUCACGCUCUGGGGACUCGGUGGUUGUCAUAGGCCUUCCGGACAUGCGGAUGGUCUGCUGCCUCUCAUACUCUCUAGACUGUCGUUUGAGGUCGUCGAUUUGUUCCUAGAGAAGGUGGUCAGUCACUAUUCCACAUGGACAGAGCAGGUAGAGGCAUCUCACCUUCGUCAGUUCUCGUCCGUUGAUGAGGUAGCCUUCACGCCCCUGGAACUGGUGAGUGUCUGCACCUCUCGAGGAUGAGUGUUGCCUUCUGUACCUGAUAGGAGUAUGGCCGUACUGUGGCAGUAGGGCCAAGAUGGUAUUGCAUCUGUCGAAGGACGAUAUGUCGAGAAAGCCCAUAUCCAGGUAACCAGUAAUCGCUGAUUGUGCCGUGUGUGCCGUUUGUGCCGUUAAUGCCGUUAGUUAUGCCAUUAGUUAUGCCGUUGGAUUGAGGCAUUGUGAAUGGGGAGGUCACUGCUGUAUGACAGUUCACCUGAACGUAUUGGAUCAAGA